AUGCAUAGACUUGGUUCAUCUAAUCAGACUACAUUUAUUCUUGUUGCUUUUACUUUUGAACCAAGAGUACAGUUAGCUUUUUUCAUCUUGUUUUUAAUCAUUUAUUCUAUUUCUUUAUUGGGUAAUAUUGCAAUAAUUGUGGCGAUCUGCUUAAACCAGCGUCUCCGCACCCCUAUGUAUAGCUUCCUUUGCAGUCUGGCAUUUUUGGAUAUCUGGUUUAUAUCUUCAACUGUUCCCAAACUUCUCGCAAUCUUGGUUAGUGAUGACAGAAUCAUCUCUCUCCCUGGUUGCAUAAUGCAGCAUUACUUUUAUGUAUCACUCGGUGGCACAGAAUUUUACCUUUUAGCGGUUAUGUCAGUGGAUCGUUAUGCAGCUAUUUGUCAGCCAUUAAGAUAUCACUCAAUCAUCUCCAGCAGGACUUGCCUAUGUCUUGCCUCAACUGUGAUUCUAGGAUCAUUCACCAUGACAUUGGUAUCUUAUAGCAACAUUCUUUUUACCAUCCUGAACAUCCCAUCUGCUGAUGGAAGAAAGAAAGCUUUCUCAACAUGCACAUCUCACUUUACUGCGGUCUCCUUGGCUUAUGGCAGUGCCAUAGUUAUAUAUGUACGACCUGUUGAAAGCUCUUCUCCUAACCUCAACAAAGGGGUUGCUCUUCUUAACAGUGUUUUGACACCUCUACUUAAUCCAUUCAUCUGCAGCCUUCGUAAUAAGCAGGUUCAAAAUGUUCUUAAAGAUACUCUGUGCAGAAAAUCUGAAUUCUCAUGA